CGCCCCUUCCAGCCAAUGGGAGGCGUGCGGGCGGCAAGAUUAAAUUCAAACGGAGCGAGCGACGAAAGGACUUGGUGGCGGUUGAGCAGUGUCCUGAGGGAAAGAGCUGAGACGUCGAGAAAGCAGCUGCCCAGAUUAAACUCUGCAUCAAAUAAAUUUAUUUCUAAAGUGAAAAUGGAAGAUAAAGAAAAUGCUCCUGGAUCAACAAUCAUUCUGGGAGAAAAUAUGGCUUCUCCAAAGGGAUUAAAAUCUCCCAAUGUACUGAAGCAAAUUAAUAUGGCUUCAAAUUCUAAAUCUGCAUUCGACACUACAGCAGCUUCUGACUUUGCCGAAAAUAAAAUCAAGGGUGCCUCACUCAGUCAGGCAUUCUUGCUUAAAAGAAAUGCAAAGGAAACACAGCUAAAAACAACUACACCCAACCCUGGUGCAUGCCUCUCUGAGAAGCGUGUGCUUGGCUCGUAUCGGGGUAAGAUAAUAUCAUCUAAGAUCAACUCCUUCAGAAAUGUCCCAAGGAAUGUGGAGAGCAGGAAUUCCUUGGCUGCUCCCCCUAAGUCAGUUUUGAAGACGGGAGCCACAGACAAUAGUAAAUGUGCUAAGGACACUCAAAUCACCAGCACAGUUAGCACUUCUAAGGCUGGGGCUAUAACCUCAGUUCAAACUAGGCCUCCUGUGAAAGUAUCUCUUAGCCAGCCCAAGCCCAUCCUGAAUCCUGAGAAUAAGCCUGCCAGAAGUUCAUCAGCGCAUAAAGGAGGAGCCCAAAUAAACUUUGCCAGGAACUGGAAGCCAGUGUUAAAGUCUGUUCCAGCCAGUGCUAAUAAUUAUGUGCAUGCAACAAAAAAACCUCCUGUACCUAAAACUGUAACAGGAAAUUUAGCAGGACCUGCUUCUCAGGCUCGUAGGUCUGUGGCAAUCUCAGAAUCAUUUGACAAAAGGAAAACACUUCCGGCAACAUCUUCACACGUGAGAAGAUCUCAGCUGGCUGAGUGGCAGGUGCAGAAAGGGAUCAAAAAGCCAUCUGCUCCAAUAUCUGCAGAUACUCAGCCUAAAACAGAAACAGCUGAGCAAAUUGUACAAGAGCCAACUAAGUCCUUUUGGGCCACCAUAGCUGAGGAAGAUGAGCAAGGACUUAUCACUGACAAAGCCAAUAAGACACUUGCAGAAUGUUUGCUCUUAAUUGAGAUGGGUUCUCCUGAAACAGUGCAUCAGACUUUGGAAACGCUCAUACUGACUAUUCCAAAUGCAAAAAGGCUUGCAAAGUAUUGGGUGUGUCAGAUGCGUCUUGAACAAUUUCGCUCUAUUGAAAAGGUCCUUUGCAUUUAUGAAAAUGCAAUUCUGGCAGGAGCACAGCCAACUGAAGAGCUACGCCGUGUGUUAGCUGAAGUUAUGAAGGUUAAAACUGAUAUAAAGAAAUGUGAUGAAGAACAGGUGAGGGAACAAAUCACUCAAAAUGAUGAGGCCAAAGAAGAAAAUUUAGAUAAACACAAAUCAGAAAAUAUUUCCAAAGAUGAACCCGCAAGUGAAAAUUUGGAGUCUCAUAGUGAAGACGAUUCCCAAAAAACAACAGAUGCUUGUUUGAAGGCUGAACAAGAGACAAAUGAAGAGAGCAGUAAGCCUCUAUUAAGGAACAAUGAUCAGGAUGAAAGCCCCACAGAUGAAAUUGUGGAGUCAAAAUCUGAUGACAAAAUAGGCUCCUACUUAAUUAAAUAUAAUUUGACAACUACUCCUCUUUUGGAAAGUACAAAGAAAAAACUACAGUUUGAAGCCAAGGAUUCUGCUGUCAAGGACCUGAAAUUUCUAACUCCUGUAAGACGCUCUCGCCGCAUAAAUGAAAAGUCAUCCAAGUUUCCAGACGUGUUGAAAGAACACGGCGCUUGUGUGUCUUCACUUGAACAGCUUGGAGAAUGCGGAGAUGCUGGCACUGGUUUCAUCUAUAGGCCAAACCGUGCCCUGAAAAGUGUUUCCAUCAACCUAGAAGAGCAUGACAAAGAAUGAGAGUUUUCAAUGUUCAAUGAUUUUAUUUGUAUACAGCUCCUGUAAAUGAAAAGCUUCUCUCUUUAACCUGUCGCAAUGAAGAUGAAUGUAGAUACUCACAGAUGUGGAAGCCUUUUGCCUUUGUUAGCCAGGUGGUUUGGCUCUCACUCCCUGCUGCCUUGAUCCUUGCAUCACUUACUACUUGUUGCUUAUGAACUCUUAACACAACCUUGGUACUAAAAUAUCCAUACUCCCAGCUCUUGUGGCCUUGGCAAUGGCACACUGAGAUGGGCCUUCACCAUGGAUAAAUACUAACCUAUUUUUAUUUUAAUAUAUUUUUUGUAAAAUAAAGCAAUUUAUAUUACAGUAAACAUACAAUAUCCAAGACACUUAAUCCUCCCCCCGCUCAUUAAUCUCAUAUCUAGUGUAAAUUUUGCUCUUAUGUAAGUAUUUCUAUCCUUCACCUCUGUGCUCCCUUCUCCCUGAGCCACUUUAAAAAAUAUUUUCUGUCCAAAAUUUCAUUUCCUCUUGUGUAGAUAACUUUCCAUCCUUCUUUAUUGAUCCUCUUUCAAUAAAUUUCUCCCAGAUAUCAAAAUAAUUUUCCUCCAUAUUCCUAACUUUUAACUUGCAUGUCAAUUUAUCGUUUAUUGCCAGUUUCAAUAAUUCCUUACACCAUUCUUCAAUUUGUAUAUUGAUUCCCCUUUUCUAAUUCCUCGCUAUAAGCAGCCUUGCUACUGUUAAGUAAAUUAGAUAUUGCAUCUUUUCCCUCAUUUUUUUCAACUGUUUGUUACAUAAUGAUAAAGCAAUACUAGGUUCUUUUUUCUAAUUUUAUAAUAUCCUCUCUCGAAAAACUUCAAAAUUCAUUUACAUAUUUACAUUGCCACUACAUAUGUAUAUAUGUUCCCAAUUCCUGGCAUCCCCUCUGACAGUUCUUUGGGUAAUUUUUAUUUAUAUUUGCUAUUUUACCAGUGUUAGAUACCAUUUCCAUAUCAAUUUAUAAUAGUUUUCUUUAACCUAUUUUAUUUUAACCAUAAAACAGCUUUAACAGGUGUUAGCUUUUAACUGUCUGUCUGUUUGUCACCUACCUUCAAGCAUGUAAAAUAUAUGGCUAGUAUCCAACUGAGUCCUUGAACUGAUAAAGGGGGUCUUCCUGCCAACUUUGGUGCAGGGAUUUUUCUCCCUCUGCCUUAUAGUGAUUCUCAACCUGUGGGUCCCCAGGUGUUUGAGCAUACAACUACCAGAAACCCCAGCCAGUUUACCAGCUGUUAGGAUUUCUGGGAGUUGAAGGCCAAAACAUCUGGGCACCCACACAUUGAGAACCACUCCUUUAAAGCUUCCCAUUCAAUUAAAGCAGAUAUAGGUUGAACGGGAAAGAUAAUCCUCUUCCUAACAAUAUUUCUUCAUAAGAAUUUUUCCUUAGCUGGGACCCACUUGGGCUUUGCCUAAAAUUUCUUGUCUGCCUUAACUAUAUGUUUGGAAUGUUUGUGUUUUAAGAAGAAUAAUUGAAAUAAAUCUCUCUUAUCAUUAACAAA